ACAAUCUGUUGCAUCGUCGAAAAUUGUGAAAAAAAUAUGGCAUUUGCAAAUUGAAUAAAAAGAGAUUAAAGAAGUCGAAAAAUAUUAAAACGGGUGUGGUUCGCAGUCUAGAUGACCAUAGGAACAUCCAUACAUAAAUCAUAAUUUCCACUUCUACUGUUGAUAAACUUUGAUUUGCAUUGAAGUAAUUAUGACAACGGAAACACUCAAGCCUUUCCUAUCAACCUCUCGCUGUGGUGAUAACUCCAUUUCCAUGCCCCUGAACACGACGAGACGUCAUUCGCGCAGCAUCAACGUUGCAGCUAUUACUCUUAGUACGAUAGCAGUGACACUAACUUUGUGCCUAUUAGUUUUAGUGAUCGUACAACGUCAACGAAUUUCUCAGUUCGAUGCUGAAGUCGACCAUUUAAAGAAAAUUAUGUGUAGAAUGCAAGAACGUUUAGGAUUGACGAAUUUAGAAGAUGAUGGGGACUAUGGCAAUGAGCAUAACCCUGUAUUUAUAAAUAAGCCGAAAAAAAUAAUCUCAGAGGAGGAUACAUUGAACAUUGAGGAUUAUGGAAGCAACAAAGAGGAUGAUGGGGAUUACGAAAGUGAAGUUGAUUAUCAGGAUUUCAAAAACGGAUUAUCCGUAACCGACUACGAUAGUGACGACGAAGAUGGCGACGUUAUUGACGAUGAUAUCAUUAAUAGUAAAACAUAUAUAGAUGAAGAUGAUGAUAGUAAAAACGAUCAAGAUUUUUACAGUGAUUUUUCGAGAUUCAAUGCCACAUUGAAAAAGAAAAAAAGUGCUCGCAAAACGCGUUCCAUUGUGCCAGUAUCCUCCAGCGAAGAUUACUAUGGACAUGAUACUUCGCAGGUUAGAAAUACAAGACAAAACAAUGGUGGGGUGGUGUCAAACGAUUAUAGUCAACAAAAAAAAAUUUUGGCCCACAGGCAGUCCCUUCGACGCGAAGAGGCAAGAAAGAUCGCUUUUGAACAAAGCACACGUCCAAACGUGCAGAGGUCUAGAAAAUUUUCUUCUCCAUAUCAUUCAUAUAAACGUAAACAUAAAAAUGAUAAUCUUAAGAGUGCUAAAUCCACAGGCCAAACAAGGACUGGCACUUUCACUCCUGCUGCACACUUUCAUUUAGUCCGCAAAAUACCAGACCGUUAUUCAACUAUUAAAAUCGAUUCUUUCUCAGGCGACAUGUACAUUGGCCAUCCCAGUUGGUCGAAUGAAAUAGCUGUUGAUAACUACUUCAAAGUGGAGAACGGCGCUUUGACCGUAUAUGAACCGGGACUUUAUUACGUAUACGCUCAGGUGUGCUACAACAAUACCCACGACCAGAAUGGCUUUGUCAUAUUCCAUGGUCACAAGCCAUUUCUUCAAUGCUUGAAUACAGUACCAACAAAUAUAAUUCAUAAGAUCCAUACCUGCCAUACCAGUGGUCUUAUAUAUCUGAGAGAAAAUGAGACAAUCCAUUUACGCGACUUUCACAGUGAUCGAAAUGUCAUUUUAAAGGACGCGAACAAUCGGAGUUAUUUUGGACUAAUAAAAAUUUAAUACCAAAUGGUUAUAAAAUUAAUGUAUACGAAUAUAAGUAAAAAUAACUGGAAUAUAUUAUUUUGGUGAUAUGAAGAUCUACUGAAAUUGUUCUACAACUAACAAAAUGUAAUAUAGAGAAUACAAAUAAAAUAUUAUAUACAAUAAUAUAGAUACUAUCGAUUCGAAUAUUGUAAAAUACCUAGUUUGUAAUUAAUAGCCACUUCGAUGUUAUCUAAACAAAUGUAAAAACCGGCUAAUAAUUUGGAAAUAAAUAUCUGAUAUGGAUAUUAUUUCUUGUCUCACACAUUCAUAUGUGUGAAUGUCUUUAUACCAAAUAAUAAAGGAGUUUUGUAAAAGUUUAGUAAAGGCAAUGUAAUAACUUUAUAUAUCGAAUUUUAACAAUCGAGCAAAUGUCAGAAAAAAUA